AUGACUAACCCAGGCAUCGAGGUCGAUAUCGCUCCGUACGAGCCACGAAGUGUACUCGAAACACUCCCAUGCAGUUUACCCUUGUGCCAUUUUGACACCGAUACUGACUUCGAAGCCAUUGCCACCCCGAUAAUACAUUCAUUGGGAAAUCUCACGCCAGCAAACCUCUCGUCGACGGCGAUCUGGCGCGACGUCUUCGCCCUAACCGGCACUCUGCGAACAAUCUACUCGGCGGACUCUAUCACCAAGGCCUGGACCGAAACGUGUGAAUCCCGGCUAGCCUGCGAUUUUGCACCUAUUAAGGAUUCGGCAAAACCAACACGGCUGGACAAGGACAUCGGAUGGGUGAAUGUCUCCUUCACAUUUCGCAAUCGUGGCAGCCCCGCUUCCACCUGCCGAGGAAUUCUGUCCUUGGUCCUGGAAGAUGACGGGCAUUGGAGGAUCUGGCUCAUCAGGACUAUCCUGGAGCAGUUGGAGGGUUGUGAAGAUGUGGACAUUCUUCCGGUGGUCCAAGAAAUGUCAAACGGUGUGAAUGGGAAUCACUUACAUACAAACGGCGUGAACGGAACCCACACUGGGACGAAUGGGUCGGUCCGCCCUCCCAGUGACUAUGACUGUGUCGUCGUAGGAGCUGGUCAAGCAGGUCUCGGCUCCGCAGGCCGGCUUCAGUCUCUGGGGAUCUCCUAUGUGGUGCUCGACAAAAACGCCCAAAUCGGCGACAACUGGAUGACCCGAUACGAUUCCGCCAGGCUACACACGGCCCGCGAGUACAACCACUUACCAUUUGACCGGACAUUUCCACUACCCUAUCAGGAAUUCCUCACCAAGUACGACCUGGCGAAGGGAUACAAGGACUGGGUCGAGAAGUUCGGAAUCGACAAGCACAUCUGGUUUAACACAACUCUGGAGUCCGGAUCGUGGGAUGAAGGCAGCAAGAGGUGGACAUUGCACAUCCGUCAUGCCGACGGUUCAACCCAGAGCCUUACGUGUCGACAUGUCAUCAUGGCCACUGGUGGAGGAGGGCAGAUUCCCAUCAUGCCACAGUACCCCGGCCGCGAUAUCUUCGAGGGCACAGUCCUCCAUUCCGCCGAGUACAAAUCGGCCGAACCCUGGCGCGGCAAGGCUGGUAUUGUAAUCGGUACGGCAAACACAGCCCACGACGUCGCCGAGGACAUGGUGGAAGCAGGGCUCUCACAGAUCACCAUGGUGCAGCGUUCACGCACCUACGUGCUGCCGUGCGAGUACUUCAAGGUGAUUUCAGACCGGUCGUACAACGCAGAUGUGCCCACCGUCGACGCCGAUCGAGAGCAGUAUUCAAUGCCGUACGCGCUCACGAGGCUCCUGAGUCGCAAAGCACUGCAUGGGAUGGCAGCCAAAGAGCCUGAACGCUUCGACGCCCUGGAGCGGGCUGGAUUUAGAGUGGAGAGAUAUGGCGACAUCAUGUGGCAUAUCUGUGAGAAGAUGGGCGGGCAUUACAUGGAUAUCAAAAUGCAAUCCCACGCGCUGCCCACACACUUCACCCGCACCGGCCUCGCCUUCAGUGACGGCAGCGAAAUCCCCGCGUCGGUGAUCGUCUUCUGCACGGGCUUUGUGGGCAACAUGCGCACAGAUGUGGCCCGCAUCUUCGGCAAGGACGUCGCGGCCCGGGCGGACGACUUCUGGGGGCUGGACGGCGAGGGGGAACUCAAGGGCGUGUUCAAGCGCAACAGCCACCCGCACCUGUACUACAUGGGCGGCACGAUCGGGCACGCGAGGUAUUUCUCCCGCCACGUGGCGAUGCAGAUCAAGGCCGAGUUGAUGGGCACGCCGCUGCCCGUCUAUGAAGGGGAGAGAAGGCCCGAGACGGGGAACUGGCGGGCAGUGUCGGAGGGGGGAGAGUCGUGA